UGCGUUUCUCCCGGUUCGUUGUUUCGAGAAUAGUGUAAAUGCUUUGUUUAGUGAACUAUAAUUAUUAUAGUUUUCCUUUAUAAGGCGAUUCCUUUUAUUUAUUGGAAAAGCAGUGUGUCUUUAGCAUGCAGAAUUUACAUACUGUGGAACUUGAGCAAUAAAAGUUAUUUUGAAAGCAUUCCAAGAUGGCUGAAAAUGAUGCAAAUGACAUCAAUGAAAUACAAGACAAGUAUGUUCCAUUUCUGAAAAAACUUAUAUCAUUUUUGGAGAAAACAAACAAAGCUACACCUGAAAAUUUGAAUAGAUUGAAAUCUAUUUAUAGUGUUUUUACCACAUCACCUGUGAAGGAACAGAUUGAAGUUUUUCAGUCCAACAAGAAAAAGUUAGAAAAAUGGUUCAAUUCAUCCAAAAAGGAUAAGAUGGCUGAUGGAGGAACGUCUAAAGAUAAAAGAAGCCUUGACAUAGAAGAUACAGAUUCAUCUCAGGGUGCCUUUGAAAGUAAUGUUUCCAAAAAACCAAAGCUGUCUGAUUCUGCUGAAAAUCCCACAAUGAGUCCUGCUACUAUUGCUCAAAUAAAAAUGGAAAAGGCUGAUAAACCUAAAAUUGUUGAACCAUCUAGGCCUCUCAUUGUUACUAAUACAGUAACUGCAAUAAAAAGAAAUAUCCCUGCUUCUGCUCCCGCUCUUCCAGGCGAUGGAGACAAGAUUGUAUUUACAUGUGCCUCAUGUCAAUUCCAAACAUAUGAUGAGCAAGAAUUUAUGAAACAUACUCGAACAGACCAUCGUAGUGAUUUGUCAAUGUGGUGUAAACAGUGUGGCAAAUGUUUUAGUAAUGCUGGUGUUCUUGUUGCUCAUAUCAAGGAAAGAGGGUGCAAAAUGGAAGAAAUGAUAUACCGAUGUGGCGUGAAAGACUGUAGUUUUGAAACUACCAGUGGACAAACUUUUGUGCAUCAUUUAAGGCACUGUCAUAAAGGUAGUCCUUUCAUCUUUUGUGUUCAUUGUCAGAAGAUAUUUACUUUGCCACAUUGUCUCAUAUUGCACAUGCAGGAUGACUGUCCAUAUAAAGAUAAGAACCGCCGAAAUCCCGGAUCUGAUACUGCUGUUAAUGCUGUGCCAGUUACUCAACCUACUACUCCUGUUGUUGUAUCUGCCCCUGUGAAACCACAGGCUUCUAGCUUUCCAUCUAAAGCACCAACAAUAGCAUCUGUUGUUAGUACCACUCCUACAACACCUUCUGCAGGAGUUGUUCAUACACCACCUUCAGUAACUCGUGGUCGUGGUGCCUUGAUGCCAACAGCUCGAGGCCGUGGUCGAAGUAGGGGACGAGGACGUGGAAGGCCGCCUUCUGAAAGUAGUGAUUCUGAUGAUGCUGAUGAUCCUUUAUGGAAGCCUGAAGAAACUACAGGGGUGCAAACAUUGCGACGUUCUGGUCGUUGGGCCAAAAAAGUUAAUGAUGUAAUUAAUAUUGAACCUAAGCAGAGCAACAAGGGUUUAUCCCUUUCAGAAUUGAAUACAAAAGAGAUGCUCCGUUGCCCUUGCUGUGAUUUUAUGGCUGCAUUCAAGUCUGUUUUGCAAGAUCAUUAUAUUGCACAUCAUAAAGUUCCUAACAAAAAUGCAUGUUUGGUAUGUCAUUUGAAAUUUGAAGCCACCCAAGGUUUUCUUGAUCAUUUUGAAGAUCAUGCAAGUGGUAGGUUACCAAAUAAAGUGAUGGAAGCCAAAGACACAGAUGAAGUUUUAGCAGUGACUCCUCAAGACAAUUCAAAAAUUUGUUCUAACACUGAUUGUGAAAAAACAGAAAAAAAUAUACGUUCUAAUUCAUAUUCUUUUGAUAAAGAAUCUAUUAAAGGUGUUGUCAAGAAUUUAUCAGAAGCCAAGGUUGUGAAUCCAACAUCUGCUCAGUCGCAGUAUGUCAAAAUUCCAUAUCAGGCUGUCAUACAAGAUAAAAAUAUGAAGGAUAGCAGAUUGAAGAAGUUUGAAGAAUUAAAAGCUCCAAGUGAUUUAGUUGCUAUGUCAAAACCUGAUAAAAUUAAAUGUUUCUUCAAAUGUGUACUUUACAAUUGUUCAUUUACUACCCAUAAUAGCUAUGAAUAUUUAAGUCACUUGGAUUUAGAACAUUCAGGCAAAAGAUUGCACUGUAGCUUUUGCCUUAAAGAUUUCCUUACUGCUUCUCUAUUGACAGAUCAUUUAAUGAUUAAUCAUAGCAAACGGCAAUAUCAAUGUAACAAUUGUUUUUACAGAGCAUACAGUAAAAUUCAUGUUCAGAUUCAUAUAAAAAAUUUUCACUCAAAAGAUACAAACUCAGAAGUGCUAGAAUGUGACCCAAUUGAACUUCCGCCAAACAUAACAGUUGCAAGUGAACCAAACGAAGUUUUGGAUACCACCUGGCCAUUUGUUUGUGCAAUUGGAGACUGCAACUUCCAGACCUUUGAUCCUAAAGAAUUUAAAGUACAUAAUGAGACAAGUCAUCGAUCAGUGUCUGUAUUCUUUUGUCAUUAUUGCAAAGUUGAUUUUCUUUCUUUCAAAAGACUACUUAAUCAUUACAGACUACAUGGCAUUAAUACUUUUCAGUGUAAUUAUUGUAUUCAUGGAUCGGAAACAAAAGAUGAAAUUUUGUUACAUCUUUGUAAUACCCAUGCUGAUUAUCCUUUGAGAGCAUUUAUGCGAGGAACUGCAGAAGAUGCUUCUUCUGAAGCUAAACUUUUACCGUAUUCUGUUUGUAGUGAAGCGGAAAAGGCAAACAAGAAAAAUAAUUUAGAUUCUCAAAGACCUGAGAGCCCAACUUCUGAAAAUGAUGAUAAAAACAGGUUUGAUUAUGAAAGUCUUAUAUAUGAAGUUGUAGGUGAAACAUAUUACCCUAAGUAUUUAAAAAGCAUAUGCACAAAUUUGGUUUGUGGCAUUUCUGGAUGUAAAGAAAAGUUUGAAAACAUGUUAACUUACAUUGGACAUUUGAAAAAUUGUCAUACUGCUGAAAAUUUUCCAUGCUCUCAUUGUCCUGAUGUUUCUGAUACUUGGGAAGGAUUUAAAAAUCAUUUAAUGUGUCAUGGACCAGACUUAUAUUCUUGUGGUCUUGUGACAUGCGAUUUUUAUGACUGGGAUAAGAAGGCUGUGACAAAUCACUUAAAAUCUCAUCCAAAAACAGCUGCUAAAGUAGUAAUUGUUCGUGAACCUAUUGAAGAAAUGUUUGAUGAAAAUGAUGUGAAACAAAUUAAAUCUCUUCCUCAGUCUUGUCCAUUUAAAGUUGGUGAUGAAUUUUUCCAAUGUUGUUUCUGUGAGUAUAAAAGCAGUGAUAAAAGUGUUAUGAAAAAUCACAUUUAUCAAGAAUUGCAUUAUAAGAGAUUUUGCUGCAGUUCAUGCAAUGAAAAAUUUGUAAGCAGAAAAGAAAUUGAAGAACAUUAUUUGGAAAAACAUUCAAAGGUGGAGGUAAAAUGUUCUAUUAAUCCAUCUCAUGAAAUUGAAAAUAUUGUAAAGAAUAUUUUAAACAAAAAAGAUCAGUAUUUAUAUUCCAGUCCUAAACAGUGUGGUAAUUGCAACAAGAAUUUUAAGUCCCUGGUCCAGUGGCAAUACCAUGAAGUUCUAUGCAUGCAAAAUUUUUAUCAACCUUUUGUAUGCAGUCAUUGCAAAUAUAACUCUCACAGCCUGAAAAUACUUAAAUUCCAUGUGGAUGAAAAACAUUUUCCAAAACCUGUUGAGUUCUUUGAUGUGUCUAGUGUAGCUAUUGAACAUGAAAUAAGUAAUAAAAUUCAGCAAGCAAGAUUGAAGUUCUUGAAAACUUUUUGCAAUAAUGUAUCUACUACAGAUUCUGCUUUGUCUGUUAAAUUCUACGUAUGUAGUAGCUGUUCUUUUGAAUCCAAUCAUAAGUAUAAUUUAAAAAUGCAUGUUGAAAAGGAACAUAAAGAUAGCAAUGCUGAAAUUAAUAAAGUGUUUCGAGAUGUGAAACCUCUUGAGCUUAAUAGUUCUCAGUUAGAUGAAAAUUCUAAUGACAGCAUCAAAGCAUCGAGUGAGUCCUCGAAUGUUAAACGAUAUCGUUGUGGAUUUUGCAUCAAGAAACUUCCUACCCUGCAAGAAUUAGAAUCCCAUGUUGAAAGUCUCCACCCUGUCCGAGAGGAGAGAGAAUAUUCAUAUUAUUAUUCUCCAGAUCCGAAAGUUAAAUUAUCACCAGAUGACAAAGAAUUAUUUGAGUGUUCUUAUUGUAAAUCAGGCAAAGAAAAUCUCUUUUCCUUAAAAAAACAUUCAGAUCUGAUGCAUUCAGAAAGUCCAUUUAAAGUGCGAGGGUAUGUUAAUCGAUACCAUCAGAAGACCACUUCUUCCAUCAUUGCAUGUGGUUAUUGCUACCAAAGAUUAGACGGCAAAAGUGAUUUAAAACGACACACUGCUUUGUAUCAUCCCACUCUUCCCCAAAAGUCCAUUGGUGGCUUUAGAACUGAUCAACUCCCAAAAGGAUCUCUUGUUGAAUCUGAUGAUAUUCCAAAUAAGAGGAUGAAAUUAGGACCUAAAGUUUAUGUUUGUAGCCAUUGUGGUGCUGCUUUUGUUAAACAAGAGCAAGUUGCACUUCAUAAUAAAAAAACUCAUGCUCGCUUUAAACUUGAAUUCACUACUAUCAAUACUCUAUUAACUGAUGUGAAUUUUUAUAAGUGUGAAUUUUGCCAGUUUACUGCUGAGAAACAAUAUGUGGACACUCAUCUUGAAGCCAAGCAUAAAAUGAGAGUAACUUGCAAUUAUUGCAGCAAGCGAUUCGAAUUUGCUACUAGACUCAGGGAACAUCAUGAUAUAGCCCACAAUGGUCUUCCCAUCAAGUACAGUCAGGAAACCGUGGGCAUCAAAAAGGAAACUACACCACCUGUUUCGAAAAUCAUUAGCCAGGUAAAGCAGGAAACAAGACCUACGAGAAGCAAGAAAUCUGAGAUUCAAAAUUCCAUAAAAGAGGAUGACCUAAAGAACAUUUAUACUUAUGCUAGUGCUUCAGAUGGCAAUCUGACCAAAAUUUCUGUUUUGACUUUCUCAAAGUUGUAUAACAUUUUCCCUAAAGUUGUUUUAAAAGAUGUUUAUGAAGAUGACACCAUGAAAAAUUCUUGAAAAUUUCUCUUCCAAUUUGAAAUUUGUUAAGUUUUAUGGAAAUAUAAUCUGCAUUGAAAAUUUCAAGUCUUACAUCAGUAGUUUAAAUAUCAUGAUCAUUUAUACAAUCUAUUGUUCGUGAAGGUAUUUUGUUUGGAGGUUUCAUGUAUUUAACUAAAGCUUUAUUUUUAAAUGACGUUUUUGUGGAUAGUGCUGGAGUAAGUGAUUCAUUACAUAUUCGGAGCAUGUUGCUGCUUUCUCUCUUAAUGUAAAUUAAGUUUUUAAUUAUGUUCUUCAUAGUGUGAAAUUAAAAACAUUUUUCGUUAUUUUUUAAAUCUAAUUCACAAGACUGUAUGGUAACAAAAUUUAAAAAUUUUAUUGAAUGCAAGUUGGGUAUAUAUUUUAAUUCUAUAACAUAUUGAGUCAACAAUGUAUGCUGCACACUUUGCAAAUGAGGAUGCCCCCUCCCCUUCCAAUUUUUAGUAUAAUGUAGAUUAUGUACAUUUUGCUAAAACAUCCUGGACAUAUGAAUUGAUUUUCUUAUAAACUGUAACUGUUGGAUAAGACAGCAAAGUUGUCAAGAACCAAAAUCGAUGUUUCUAUAGAUUAUGCUAUAAAAUGCGUCAGUUAUGCUUAGCAUCUUAUUUAAAACUGAAAAUGAAAUAAAUAUUAUUUAUUUUAGUUAAUUAUUAGUAUUUUUAUGUAUAUUCAGUGAAUAAUUAAUGUAUUUUGGGACAGAUAUACUUUACACUAAAGUUUCUGUUAAAAAAUUCCAGGCUUUUGAAAUUUUAAUGAUUAGUAAAAAACUUGAGUAAUAAUUAUCUGUAAUAUAUGGUUAUAUGCAAAUUUUAAUACAUUUUCAGUGUGGGACUAGAUUAAUUUUUGGACAGAAUAAAGGAUAAUACAAGUGAUUUUAAUGUGCUAUUUUUAUUUAAUAAUUCCUCACCUUGCAUGCUUUCUAAUCGAAAUGAACUAAUAAAAAGUUUAUUGAAAAAAAAAUGUUUAAUUGUAAUAAAAUGGCUAAAUGCAGUCAAUAUUUCAGAGUGAAGGUAAUUUUUAUAAAACCUUAUUUUUGAACUAGUUUGAGAUUUUCAAUUAUUUCUUCAGUAAUGAAAUAUGGUAUGUAUAAUGGAUAUAUAAAAUUAUAUAUACCUUCUUUAUUUGAAUCCAAACAUCUUGUUUGCUUUAUUGAAAUUAUUAUUAAAUGUUCUGUAGUGUUUUUAUGUUUUAAACAUUAUAGUUAAUGUAAUUUUUGUGUGUAUCUGUUUGU